UCUCAAAAAUAAAUUAAAAAAAAAAAACAUUACAAAAAUUUAGAAACUGUGUGCAAUGGAUGGAGGAAAAUUAUCUGAUUCUUGCUUGGAGUUUUCCUUUCCCUGAUUAUGGGUGAAGUUACUCCUCUUCCAUAUGUUCAUUGGCCACCUGGGCUCCUUUUAUGAUACGUAUAGGAAUGUUUUGUCCAUAUCCCGGGGUUUUUGUCUUUUACAUAUUUACUAUAGGAGUAGCUCAUUUAUUAAGUACACUAACAAUUUAUUUGCAUACCGUUUAAAUUAUGUUUCCAGAUCAUCACUUGUCCUUUUUCUUUACCAUGUGGAAGAUACUUUCAUACAAAAGCAUGUUAAUUGCCUUCCAAGUUCAAUUUGGGUUUGGUGUCUUGUUAACCCCUGAGGUUAAACAAGUACCUGUAAUGCUUUUUAUCAUUUUAGUUUUGACUUUUAGAACUUUAAUCCACCCAGAAUUUGGAGGGGUAGGCAAUGUGUAAAAUAAUUAUCUAGCUUGAAAAAAUUAUCAGCUAAUUGUCUCGGCAUCAUAAUUAUGAGCAUGUGGCCCAUCCUUUCCUCUGUGAUUAGAAAUGCCGCGAUUUCCUCCCAAAUUCCUAUUUGGUUGUUUUCCUUAUUGUUUUCUAGUCCAUCUGUCUGCGAUUAUACUCCUCGUCAUUUUUCUGGCUAAUAGAACCCGUCUCUCACGUUCAGCUUGUUAUAAUCUAGAACCGGUUUGUCAAGCCUGUUAAAACCCCUUUUGGAGUUUUGACUGAGAUUGCGUUGAAUUUAGAGAUUAUUUGGGGGAGAUGGCAGUAGUGGGUGGCCUUCCCCUGCUUGUGCCCUUGACGGGGACGACACGCACAUUCUCCUUCGACGCUGACGUCACUACUGACUGGUAGUAGAUGCCCAGAAACACCAGCGUUCCCUUCAACGCCUCAUUUGUCGAGGUUCACCUGUCAGUGUGUUUAAUUGGGAAUGGCUUUUGUAUUACUGAAUAUUGGGAAGCAUCUGUCAAGAUAAGCUGAUCCUUCUUUCCCCCUUUAAUCUGUUGGUCUGUUUCUUUUAAUCAUGAAGAGAUUGCUUCAUGGCUCUUUGUCUGUUUCUGGAAUAAUCCCCAGGUGGCCAUGAUGCAUUCUUCUUCUAGAAGUCUUUGUCAGAUUGCCCUAUGACAUUCUUUUUGUCUGGAAUGAAUUUAUGGUUUGCUUUGUUUGUUUGUUUGUUUGUUUUUUCAUUUCCAGUUUUUAUUCCUACCAGUAAAUUUCUUCAUGAGUUUGGGAAUUUUGGUGUGCAUGUUCGUUUCGAGUAAAAAGGUGUUUGGUUUUUCUCUUCUCUUUUUUCCCCUCUUCCUCCUUCUCCCUUCCCUCUCCCUGUCCGCCUUUUACUCCUGUGCUUACCCCUCACUCUUAGUGGCUUUUAACCCUUACCUUUUUAACACAUGUACAUAACGUGUAUUUUCCAUCAACAUUUGGGCGUAAUUAACACACUUCUGUGCCUCCAAAACAAGACACGAACCCUAACAAGCUUUCAGUUCUCCUCCGCUUUCCCCCCUCACCUCACAGCCAGCUCCCACCUUCCAACCACCUGCAUUGUUAUCACAUAACUCACUUUCACUUUAUAAGUAACAAUUCUUCUCUACUUAGUGUAAGUCUUAUUUGGUUUCUUUUCUCACCACUGAUUCCAGUAUCAUAUGCUAUCUUUCUUGAACUCUUUUUUUUCCCCCUGAAAUAUAUCCCAGAGCCAAUUGUGUUUCUUAGAAAAGAUCUGAAAAUGUUCUUUGUCUUUACUACAUUUCCAAAUGUUGCGUUUUUCUGUCCAUGAGCGUCAAAGGAAGGUUGACUUUUAAUGAUUCUAGGUUUAAACAUAUUUUCCCUCAGUGUUUUCAAGACAUCGCUAUCUACUUAGAGUUCAAGGUCACUUGUAAGAAAAUCUGGCCAACCUGACCCUUGUUCCACUGAAAAUAAUGUUUGUUUCCUACUGGAACCUUUUGGGAGUAUUCUUUUAUUCUUGGAUGACCGAGAAUUUACCAGCACGUGACUGAGUAUGGCACUGUUAAAAAUUAAGUUUGUCCUUCCCUUUAGCGGACUGUUGUCUCCUUUAAGCCCUGUGAAGUUUUCUUCUAUUUCCAUUUGUAUCUUUUUGGUUGCAUGGAAAAAUCUUCAAACAACCGUGGCUUAACAAUAUGGAGGUUUAUCUUUGUUCUCACAUAAAAGAUGUCCGGAGGCAGGCGCUCCCAGGCCGGUGUGGUUGCUCCAGAGUGACAAGAAGGAUCCAGGCUUCCCUCUUUCUGUUGUAUGUGGUUCCAUCCUCAAGGCGGAGUGCCUUCGCAGGCGAGAGGGCUCACAGGAGCCGGGGACAUGGGUCUGGCCUGGCCUCCAGCUGAGCAAGCAUACACGACUCUGGGUCACUGAGGACCCCAGCCCCUGCCCAGUCCCGGGCCCACCUGAGCCGGCCACCCGUUCGUCCAGAGCUGACCCAGAGAUGGUGCUGACCCGGGGGCUCCUCCCUGUUGCCUUGCUGGCUCUGUUCUGGGGGCCCGGUGUGGCGGGGGCCCAAGAGACCAUCCCACUGCAGACCCUACAGUGUUAUAAUGACUACCACAGCCACAUCACCUGCAGGUGGGCAGACACUCAGGAUGCCCAGAAGUUCAUCAACCUGACUCUCUUCCGGAGGCUGAAUGAGAACCCCCCAGUGCCAGUGUCCUGUGAUCUCAGUAAUGACACGGGCUUGUCAUUGGACCACCCCUGUGCCGGCUGCGUGCCCAGAAGAUGUGUCAUUCCCUACAAGAUUUUUGUCCUCGCCGACAAAGACUACUUCUCAUUCCGACCAGACAGGCCUCUGGGCGCCCAGCUCACCGUGACUCUGGACCAGAAUGUGCAGGCCCCUGCACCCAAGGACCUCCAGAUCACCGCUGUCGGGGACCGUUUCCUGCUGACCUGGAGGGUGGCCCCUCCGGGUUCCCAGAGCCACUGGCUGUCAAACCUGGAGUACGAGGUGGUCUACAAGCGGCUUCAGGACUCCUGGGAGGAUGCCCCUACCCUCUACUGCAACUCCUCCCAGGCUGUCCUGGGGCCAGAGCACCUCCUUCCCAGCAGCACCUAUGUGGCCCGAGUGCGCGCCCGCCUGGCCCCCAGCUCAGGGCUCUCGGGGCGGCCCAGCCAGUGGAGCCUGGAGGUUCUCUGGCACUCCCAGACAGGGGACAAGGCCCAGCCCCAGAACCUCCAGUGCUUGUUCGAUGGGGCCGCCGUGCUCAGCUGCUCCUGGGAAGUGUGGUCCGAGGUGGCCAGCUCAGUCUCCUUCACCCUCUUCUACAAGCCCAGCGCCAGUGCAAGGGAGGAGGAGUGCUCCCCGGUGCUGAAGGAACAGCUCCCCAGCCUCUUGGUCCAGCACCGAUGCCAGAUUCCCGUGCCUGACCCCAGGAACCACAGCCAGUACGCCAUCUCUGUUCGGGUGAAGGAGGAGGAGAAGUUUAUAAAGAGCUCAGACCACAUCCAGAUGGCUCCCCCGACCCUCAAUGUGACCAAGAGCAGAGAUGGCUACGCCCUGUCCUGGACAACAGAGGAGAUGCUUUACAAACACAUAGGUCACACCUUCCAGAUCCAGUACAAGAAAGACGCAGACUCAUGGAAGGAGAGCAAGACGGAGACCCUCCAGAACUCCCACGUCAUGUCACUGCCACCGCUGGAGCCCUUCACCAGGUACCAGGCGAGAGUGAGGGUCAGGCCCACCCCCAGCGGCUACAACGGGGUCUGGAGCCAGUGGAGUGAGGAGACCUUCUGGGACACGGAGUGGGAUGCUCAUGUUCCUUUUUCCUUCCCGGAAGUCCUGCCCACGUGGGUCCUGGCUCUCAUCCUGGUGUUCACCACGCUGGCCUUGCUCCCUGUCCUGCGCUUCUGUGGCAUCUAUGGGUACAGGCUGAACCGGAAGUGGGAGGAGAAAAUCCCAAACCCCAGCAAGAGCCACCUGUUCCAGAACGGGAGUGCCGGACUCGGGCUCCCAGGCAGCAUGGCGGUACUCACCAUCAGGAGCCCCUUGCACAAGGGGCCGAGAGGCAGCUACUUCCCUGAAAUGGAGGGGGUGUUUCCUGCAGACUGCAGGCACAGCGAAGUGUCACCUCUCACCACAGAGGACCCGAAAGAUGUGCACAGAUCACCAUGUGAGCCUGACACAGCUUCAGCCACUUCGGACCCGUGCACGGAGCGGCCCCCCAGCCCCCAACCAGGCCCGUCGGCCCCCGCGGGCAGGCCCGAGAGCCGGGUCUCCGGCUUCGACUUCAACGGCCCCUACCUGGGCCUACCCCGCAGCCACUCCCUGCCUGACGUGACGGGCCCCCCGGAGCCCCCACAGAGGGGCGUGAGCCAGAAGCCACAGCCUCCGGGGUCCCUGGAGUACCUGUGUCUGCCCGCGGGAGGACAGGUGCAGCUGGUUCCACUGGCCCAGGUGAUGGCACAGGGCCGGGCCAAGGAUUUGGAGAGGAACCCCGGCCCGGAGGCCGAAGGGAACCCCUCACCGGAGUCAGGGGCAGGCCUUGCCUCUCCUGUAUACAGGCUGACGGUGGGCGGUCAGGGCCCAAAGGACAGGGCCCUCACGGCUCUGCCCACUGGCUCUGGGGACCCUGAGGACGGCGUCACGGCCUCUGGCUACGUCACCACCGCAGACCUGGCACUUCCCUGGCCCCCGGGGCUGCCAUCUGCCUCCAAGGUCCACCCCCUGGACCUGCCCUCAGACCGGAACCACGGCCUCAGUCUUGGACCGGCCCGUAGGCUCUGUAGCGUCCCAGCCCCCACGAAGCCAGAAAUCGAGGGCUAUGUGGACAUCCCUCUGACCCCAGGCCAGCCCCCCAGGUCCCCUCUGGGCAGUCCUGCCCCUCCUGCAGCCAGCAGCCCCAUCCUGAGCCCAGGGGAGGCGGCCCCCAGCCCCCCACACCCCGAGGGGCUCCUGGUCCUGCAGCAAGUGGGCGACUACUGCUUCCUGCCUGGCCUGGGACCUGGCCCUCUCUCACCCUCUUCCCCAGGACCCUGUCCUGAGAUCGGGGACCACGACCACAUGUUCCAGGCCAAGAAGGCCCUGCGCCCCGCCAUUCCCCAGGUGCCGGCCGUCAGGCAUUUCAAAGCCCUAAAACAGCAGGACUACUUGUCGCUGCCCCCCUGGGAUGUCAGCAGGCCGGGGGAGGUGUGCUGAGCCACCCCAGAUCCCGAGGGGGUGGUCCACCUGCCCUCCCGCCACCUCCCGGCCCCUCCCACAGUCCCUUCCGCAAAGCCCAGGAGAAGCUUCCGUGUUGGAACAGAUGACCCGGAAGUUAGUCGACCUCCUACCUUCUCACUUGACCUUCGGCCAAGGAAUUCUGCCCCCGCCGCCUCCCAAUCUCUCUCUCAGACACACACACACACACACACAUUUUUCUGUCCUGUUAACUUAAUCUUAAACUCCAGACUGUUAGCGCUCUCUCUAUACUCAUUCCGUUUGCCCACUUUUUUUUUUUUCCCAGAUUUCCUUGCUUUUGCCAUUGUCUUCUUUCUUUUUCCACUGACUUAUCAUUCGAGUGAGCUUGAGGUCCGAGCUAAGCCCAUCCUGAGAGGGCACGUCUCGGUCAGAGCCUGUUCUGACGUUGACAUGUACGGUUGUGUUAAGGACUUGUGUCUGCAGCCUGGCCCCGGUAGGUGCGAAUGCGUUUCCCCCAUGGGGAGGGAAGAGACCCCCCACCCCGUGAGGGUCCUGGGGGAGGGGGGAGGGGGGGAAGAGCAGUGUAGGACCCGCCUGCUUAUGGCUGGCACUGCGGCCCCAGGCACUGUGGCAAAAUACCAGCACUGAUGACUGUCACACCAAGCCAUGGGGCAAGAGAAGAGUUGUUCUGAGCCCGUGGGAGCCCCUGCUGGGCCCACCGCUAUGACUGGGGAGGUCGGGAUGCAGGCCCCUGCCUCGAGUAGAGGCCACCCGCCCAAGUGAGGAAUGUCCCAGCUGCCUGCUGGCCACAGCGGUCUCCCUUCUACACCCGGGCUGGUGGGGCCUGCAGAAAUUCAGAAGCAGAGGGGAGUCCUGAACCCACAUAGACUCUAGAAAUGUUGGGAAAAACUGUUCAGCAAAGGAAAAAAAGGAAAACGAUCAAAUCCUUGUACGCUUUGGGGCUUAUAGUCAACGUGGCCCUCCUGCCCUCCCUCCAGAAAGACCUUACAGUCCCCACCCCCGCUGGCCAUGGACGAGGGGCUUUUGAUCUAUGUCUGGACCUCCAUGGAGGAUUAUGGCUUCUCAAAAAUCUGUGCCUUUCUGAUAUGCAAAAACAAAAAAGGCAUUAAAUCAUUUAAAUUUGCAUUAUUUGAUAGCUAUCAGGUUGCACAUGUUUUCGUAUUUCUUGGGCACUCCUAUUUUGUUUUAUGGGGCUAAGCCCACUAAGGACUUUGCUCUGUUGGGUGUUCAUCCUUUUCUGAUUAAGUUCUUAAAACUGUUUACAUGCGAUCUUUCACGGACGGUGCACAUUUUUUCCCCCUAGUUUGUAGUGUGUCUUUUCAUUUCGUAUGGGAGGCCCGUAGACGUACACGAUGUCGAUUUUUCCGCAUUUCGGGUUAGAGUCGCCGGCUCCACUUAUGACGUCAAAUUUACAAAAGCCUUCGCCACUUCGAAAUCACGUUUGUCCUAAUUUAUAUUUUCACCAUUACUUUCUGAGUUUCAAGCUUUUCGCAUCAAAUCGUAAUGACUUUGGAGUGGAUGCGUGCGAAGGGGAGAACUGCCUGUAUGUUUGCACCAAACGAGUGGCCUGGGUGUUUUUCCAUCGUUUGCCGAAACACCCGUUCUUCGCCCAUCCGACCGAAAUGCUACUUUUAUGAUCUAGAAAGUGCCUGAGAUACUUGGAAUGUUCUAGCUUCAUAAUGUUUUUUAAACAAGCGGCCAACCCGAUGUCUUGUAACCUUUAUUCCCAAAUCCCUGUUCAUCACAAAAGUGUUUGUGGUCAGGGGGAAAGGAAUUCUAAACAGCGUAUAUAAUUCACCAAUGGUGAAAUUAACAACAAGACUUCAGGAUAUUCUAACGCGGAAUCCUGUGUUACAGAUGAACACUGCAGUCAGGCCUGCGUGGGUUAGAAAGAAGUCCAAGAUGUGAAUUUCGAGAUGUGCAGAUACUGUUAGCUGAAAAAAAAAAAUUGCAAUAAAAUGUGUUCGCUGUAAACCAAAA